AUGUGGUUCAGUUGUUUUAGCCUCAACCUAUUCCCAGGGGGGCUCUGGAGUGCAAAUGGCACCAUAGUCAUCCCACCAGGAGACGGGGAUCUGUCAGCCAUUGGACUAUGUGCAUAUGCACUAGGGGAAGGGGAGAGCUCCCAGGCAUUUCUGGCUCAGGCAGCUCCCACUGGUGAAGGACAGUUCCCAGGGGAAGCUCCCGCCCAGGCUCAAAUCGUCCACGCGGGCCAGGCGUGUGUGGUGAAGGAGGACAACAUCAGUGAGCGCGUCUACACCAUCCGGGAGGGGGACACCCUCGUGCUGCAGUGCCUUGUCACCGGGCACCCUCGGCCCCAGGUGCGCUGGACCAAGACUGCGGGCAGCGCAUCCGACAAGUUCCAGGAGACGUCAGUGUUCAACGAGACGCUGCGCAUCGAGCGCAUCGCACGCACACAGGGCGGCCGCUACUACUGCAAGGCUGAGAACGGCGUGGGCGUGCCCGCCAUCAAGUCUAUUCGUGUGGAUGUGCAGUACCUGGAUGAGCCUGUGCUGACGGUGCACCAGACAGUGAGCGACGUUCGAGGCAACUUCUACCAGGAGAAGACGGUGUUCCUGCGCUGUACUGUCAACUCCAACCCGCCUGCCCGCUUCAUCUGGAAGCGGGGCUCCGACACCCUGUCCCACAGCCAGGACAAUGGGGUCGACAUCUAUGAACCCCUCUACACCCAGGGGGAGACCAAGGUCCUGAAGCUGAAGAACCUGCGGCCCCAGGACUAUGCCAGCUACACCUGCCAGGUGUCUGUACGCAAUGUGUGCGGCAUCCCGGACAAGGCCAUCACCUUCCGGCUCACCAACACCACGGCACCACCAGCCCUGAAGCUGUCUGUGAAUGAAACUCUGGUGGUAAACCCUGGGGAGAAUGUGACGGUACAGUGCCUGCUGACAGGCGGUGAUCCCUUACCCCAGCUGCAGUGGUCCCACGGGCCGGGCCCGCUGCCCCUGGGUGCCCUGGCUCAGAGCGGCACCCUCAGCAUCCCUUCAGUGCAGGCCCGGGACUCUGGCUACUACAACUGCACAGCCACCAACAACGUGGGCAAUCCUGCCAAGAAGACCGUCAACCUGCUGGUGCGAUCCAUGAAGAAUGCUACGUUCCAGAUCACCCCAGACGUGAUCAAAGAGAGUGAGAACAUACAGCUGGGCCAAGACCUGAAGCUGUCAUGCCAUGUGGAUGCGGUGCCCCAGGAGAAGGUGACUUACCAGUGGUUCAAGAAUGGCAAGCCGGCACGCAUGUCCAAGAGGCUGCUGGUGACCCGAAACGACCCUGAGUUGCCUGCCGUCACCAGCAGCCUAGAGCUCAUUGACCUGCACUUCAGUGACUAUGGCACCUACCUCUGCGUGGCCUCCUUCCCAGGGGCACCAGUGCCUGACCUGAGCGUCGAGGUCAACAUCUCCUCUGAGACAGUGCCGCCCACCAUCAGCGUGCCCAAGGGCAGGGCCGUGGUGACAGUGCGGGAGGGCUCGCCCGCUGAGCUGCAGUGUGAGGUUCGAGGCAAGCCACGGCCGCCGGUGCUCUGGUCCCGCGUGGACAAGGAGGCAGCGCUGCUGCCCUCGGGGCUGCCCCUGGAGGAGACUCCGGACGGGAAGCUGCGGCUGGAGCACGUGAGCCGCGACAUGAGUGGGACCUACCGCUGCCAGACGGCACGGUAUAAUGGCUUCAACGUGCGCCCCCGCGAGGCCCAGGUGCAGCUGAACGUGCAGUUCCCGCCGGAGGUGGAGCCCAGCUCCCAGGAUGUGCGCCAGGCGCUGGGCCGGCCCGUGCUGCUGCGCUGCUCGCUGCUCCGAGGCAGCCCCCAGCGUAUCGCCUCGGCUGUGUGGCGCUUCAAAGGGCAGCUGCUGCCUCCGCCGCCGGCUGUCCCCGUCGCCGCCGAGGCUCCCGACCACUCCGAACUGCGCCUCGACGCCGUCACCCGCGACAGCAGCGGCAGCUACGAGUGCAGCAUCUCCAACGACGUGGGCUCGGCCACCUGCCUCUUUCAGGUCUCGGCCAAAGCCUACAGCCCGGAGUUUUACUUCGACACCCCCAACCCCACCCGCAGCCACAAGCUGUCCAAGAACUACUCCUAUGUGCUGCAGUGGACCCAGAGGGAGCCUGACGCUGUCGACCCCCUGCUCAACUACAGACUCAGUGUCCGCCAGUUGAAUCAGCACAACGCCAUGGUGAAGGCCAUCCCAGUGCGGCGCGUGGAGAAGGGGCAGCUGCUGGAGUACAUUCUGACCGACCUCCGUGUGCCCCACAGCUACGAGGUCCGCCUCACACCCUACACCACCUUCGGGGCUGGUGACAUGGCCUCCCGCAUCAUUCACUACACAGAGCCCAUCAACUCUCCCAACCUGUCAGACAACACCUGCCACUUUGAAGAUGAGAAGAUCUGUGGCUACACCCAGGACCUGACAGACAACUUUGACUGGACACGGCAGAACGCCCUCACCCAGAAUCCCAAGCGCUCCCCCAACACCGGUCCCCCCACUGAUAUCAGCGGUACCCCUGAGGGCUACUACAUGUUCAUUGAGACAUCAAGGCCUCGGGAACUGGGGGACCGAGCCCGUUUGGUGAGUCCCUUGUACAAUGCCAGCGCUAAGUUCUACUGCGUCUCCUUUUUCUACCACAUGUACGGGAAGCACAUUGGCUCCCUCAACCUCCUGGUGCGGUCCCGGAACAAAGGGGCCCUGGACACACACGCCUGGUCCCUCAGUGGCAAUAAGGGCAAUGUAUGGCAGCAAGCCCAUGUGCCCAUCAACCCCAGUGGGCCCUUCCAGAUUAUUUUUGAGGGUGUUCGAGGCUCUGGCUACCUGGGGGAUAUUGCCAUAGAUGAUGUCACGCUGAAGAAGGGAGAAUGUCCCCGGAAGCAGAUGGAUCCCAACAAAGUGGUGGUGAUGCCAGGCAGUGGAGCCCCCUGCCAGCCCCACCCACAGCUCUGGGGGCCCAUGGUCAUCUUCCUCUUGGCGUUGCAGAGAUGAUGAGAGCUGCGUGGCCCCCCCACCCGGCCCCCGGCACACCAAAGUGUCCGCAUCGUACCAAAGACUGACCCUCGCCAGCCGGGGUGCCCAGGGGCAGGGCCGGCCCGCCAGGGAGGGGGCCUGCAUUGGCUGCGAGGAUGAGCAGAGAACAAGGACAGAGGCCCGGCGCUGAGGCCCUGGAGACAGUCGUUUGACACACGCACACACUCACACACUCACACUCACACACACAGAGAUAUAUUAAAGCACAAGUUUCUAUCCGACCUGCCAGCACCUUCUUUUCUGCGGAGACAAGGGACUCGCCCGAAUGGCGUCCACCACCCCAGAGACCUCGGCGCCACAUAGGCCUUGUCCAACUGCACCUGUGGCGUGUUUCUGACCUUCCCACAUUCCUAACUCAAGGCUGAGCCCCGGCCCAGUGGCUUUACCAGACGGGAGCCAGCAGAGGAGCAGACUCAGGAGCCCCACCCUUGGCUGGACUCUGGGACUCCCUGGGAUGGGGGAGGCCUGGGUCAAAGGAGGCCAGGGGGUACUUUGUGAGCUCUGUGAAUGUCCCCAUGCAGGUGAUGGCGAGGGAGGUCAGGCACCUGUUGCACGCACCUCUGUUUACAGGGCGAGAGCUGGAAGGUGGAGAUCCCAGGUCACCCUGAUCCCUUGACCUGUUCCUUGGACGUCAUAUCUCACCUCGACGUGCCCCUUUGAAGGGACCCAGCACAGGGUCCUGGGCCUGGGCAGUCUGAAGACUGACACCUUCCCUUCUACCCCAUCCAACCCCCACCCCACCCUACGAGGAGCUGGAUUCCUGAGAGCACAGUCCCCACCCUAGUCAGCUGGCCUGAAUUCAGCACC